AUGACUAUGAAAUUAAAAGCAUUAUGCAAUAAUGCUGAAUAUGUUUCAGUGACUUUAGAUGUAUGGACUGACAGACGCUUACGUUCUUAUAUUGGCAUUACAUUGCACACAUUUGUUGGCGAUGAUAUAAAAUCAUAUUUAUUAUCAUUUGCACCAUUAAAAGGUCACCAUACGGCUGAUGUAUUAUUGGCUGAAUUUGAAAAAGUGAUUAAUUAUUAUCAUAUUGAGAAAAAAUUAGUACGUUUGAUUACCGAUCAUGCAUCCAACAAUUUGAAAGCGUUUAAUCAUAUUUUACUUCCAGGUUUUGAAUCUUAUUUUGAAAAUGAUGAAUAUGAUAAUGAAGAAUAUGAUUUAACACAAGAUGAGAAUGAUGAUUGUGAAGAAAUUUCCGAUAAUAAUUCAGAUGAUAAAUUUCAAUUGGUACCAUUAGAUGAAGAAAUUAUUUAG